AUGGAUAUGGAUAUAGAACUAACCGAGAUAAAAAUUGAAGGAGGAUCACAAGAACAACAAGAAAGUAAUCAAACUCCGACAAGAGGAUUCCAGCAAUUUGAUAUCAUCGCAACCAUUGAAGUCAACUCCAUUCGUGACCAUCACUAUGUCUCGCCAUCUCAAUCUCUGUCACCAUCAAGCACUAAGCAUAUUAUGAAAGAGUGGAGAAUUCUGGAAAAAAAUCUACCUGAGUCGAUCUUUGUUAGGGUUUACGAAGGAAGACUUGAUCUUUUACGAGCAGUGAUCAUAGGGCCAGCAGGUACGCCUUACCAUGACGGUUUAUUCUUUUUUGAUAUUCAAGUCCCUUCCAAUUACCCUGCAUCACCACCAAAAGUUUACUAUCGUUCUUUCGGGCAUAGACUAAAUCCUAACUUAUAUGCAAAUGGUUCUGUUUGUUUAAGUCUUCUAAAUACUUGGUAUGGUCGUCCGAACCAAAAAUGGAAUCCAACUGAAUCAACUAUACUACAAGUUUUAGUAUCUAUUCAAGGUCUAGUUCUCAAUGACAAACCCUACUUCAAUGAACCUGGUUAUGGAAGUUAUUCUAAUUCUAUUGAUCCAACGUUUAAGAACAAAUCUUUGCAUUAUAAUGAAGAUGUAUUUAUCAUGAGUUGCAAGACAAUGAUGUCUAUUCUUAAUAAACCACCAAAGUCUUUCGAGGAGUUUGUAAGUCAACAUUUUCGAGAUCGCACUAGUAAUAUUUUGGUUGCUUGCAAUGCUUAUAUUAAUGGCCAAGCUAAAAUCGGUGAUCCUAUUAUUAUCACUGCCGCGAAAGAGACUACUACGAUUAUCACUGCUGCGACAGAGACUACUACAUCCUUGACUUCGUUCACAUUUAAGGUAGCAGCAGGGUUUUUAUAUCCGAAGCUUGUGGAUUCGUUCGUAAACAAUGGUUCGUCUUUGGAGAGUGUUGAAUUACUAGACACUAGUAAGAAUAUGCGUGAGAAUUGCUGUAGACGAAUUUUGUCUUCAAGUAGGGAUAUUUCUAAUGUUAAUACUUCAAAGGUUUUGCUUUUUUAUCAAAUGAGGCAAUCUACUGGCUUCACUCUUGGUCCUUAG